CCCUCUCUCUCUUCUGUGACUCAUCCAUGGCUGGUGGGGAGAGGGAAUAUACAAUGGCGUUGAAUCUCUUCUUCCCCUUUUGAUAUUUUUUUUUUCUCUCUCUCAAUCUCUUUUCUCAUCCAACAACCCUGUCUCCUUUAUUUGUUUUUUAAUGCUUUUCUCCCCUCAGCAUUGUGAAAGUUAGACCCUUUUCUGCUUUUCUUUGUCUUCAGUUUCAAUGAGUAACUCACUAAACUUGAAUAAUGGUGGUUUUGGGUUCUGUGCUGACAUGAAUAUUUUCCCUUCAGCUCCUGAUCCUUCUGCUUCUUCUUCUUCUUCUUCGCUCCUUGGUCUCCAACCUUCUCUGGGUUCAAACACUUUUGGGGUGAUGACUCAUGCUACUGCAGGCACAGAAUCUGAAAGUUCUGAUGCACCCUUUCAGUUUCAGAUUUUGAACUCUUCAGUUUUUCAACCCCAGGAGGAGGAUGAAGAGAGCUUUGGGAUUGAAAACAUGAGCUUGUCUGUGAAACCUGGUGAGGAAGUUGAUGCCGGUAACUCUUCUGGCUCAGGGAAAAAUAAGCAAACUAAGCUUUGUGCUAGAGGACACUGGAGGCCAGCUGAAGAUGCAAAACUCAAAGAGCUUGUUGCUCAAUUUGGACCUCAAAACUGGAACUCAAUAGCUGAACAUCUUCAAGGAAGAUCAGGCAAGAGUUGUAGAUUGAGGUGGUUUAACCAGCUAGAUCCCAGGAUUAACCGAAAGGCUUUCACUGAGGCAGAAGAGGAGAGGCUCUUGGCUGCACACAAGGUGUACGGUAACAAAUGGGCCAUGAUUUCUAGGCUCUUUCCUGGGAGAACCGAUAAUGCAGUGAAGAAUCAUUGGCAUGUGAUCAUGGCUAGGAUGCAAAGGGAGAAAUCAUGUGUUUACAGAAGGAGAAAGCCCUCAGUUCAGACCCUCUCAAAGGACAUGACCUUGCCAAAUAAUGCAGCAAGUGAAUCAACCAUCUCAAGCACCAUCAUUGAUGAAUCUGCCUCAACAGCCACCGACCUCUCCCUUACUCCCUCCUCAGCCACACCCACAACCCCAAUGAUGCCUUCUCACAACCCUGGUCCUGUUCACAAUCACCAAGCCUUUGGUGAACUCAUGGGUGUAUCUGGAGAAAGCAUGACCCCAACCAGGGAUGUGGGUUUUGGCAAGUUUUUUAGUGCUUGGAAAGGUUCAUGUAACGCUGGACACAUGGGAAAGCUCAAGGGUGUGGUGGACCAAUCCCAUUAUUCAGAUUCAAACUCAUCAGAGGUUUCAGUAUCUGAGUCAGUUGCCACCAACAGAGCUACCAAUCUAUCAAUUUCUGGGGAAAGUGAAAACGUGGGUGAUAACAAGGCCAACAUGCCAUUCAUUGACUUUCUUGGAGUUGGAGCUACAUAAGGAAAAUAUGUUGAUGAUAGAAUGAAUGAAUGAAUAAUAAUAAUCCUCACUCAAAACCAAAGGGCUUAAGUGGAAUUAGGAAAUAGUAGUAGUAGUGGGUAGUCAGGGGCGUUGGUUGUGUGAUGAUGCAGAGAAAUGGGUCUGCUGUAGUAGGUUCUGUCUUUACUCAAUGUGUACAGUUAGAACCAUAAAUGGCCAAAAGUUACUUAAGUAAAAUGUGAAUUGAACAGAGGAAAAAUCGGGAAGAAAAAAUAUUUGAGGUAGAGUAGAGAGAGAUAUGAGUUAUGAGUUAUGAGAUAUGGACCUAUGCAUAGUUAUUAUGGUAUAAAAUCAAAUUAAUUAUCAAAAUCUUGAAUUUGUAGCAGGGCUUUGUAUUUUUGUGUUGUACUUGGUCACUUUGCAAUUCAGGCAAAGCCGCAGUUGCUUGACUUAGGUUUACUCUUUGAAAGAAUCAACCGACCCGUUUUAUCUUUUUGAGCAAUU